CUCUUGAUAGUAAUCAACCUAUUUGGUCAUACAAAAUGGCGAUUAAUAACACACCAGUCCGUUCUUGACAACACAAAUCUCUCAGGAUGAAGUUGGACAUGUAUCUUCAUAUUUGCCGCCAUCUUCAAAAUCCCUCAAUGGCGAGCGGUCGCCUGGCUGGAACUUUCGACCGAUUCCAAAAUGCUGCAUGAACUUUUAUUUGCCCUAUCCGGAUACUAUGGUGGGGUCUUUAAGGACACCGGGGAAGGGAUUAAGGUCGUGAAGGGACUGCCAUUCCUGUGCCCCUCAGAAGAGGAGUUGCUCAACAGGGCGUGUGGUCUAGGGACCUACUGCAAAAAGUUCAGAGAAUUUGUCAAGAAGCAUGAAAGGAUAUUUUCAUCACUUUGUGGAGAAGAUGCAGCGAAGUACUCUGAGCAGCAGCAUGGCUUGUAUGUGAUGUCAUUCUCCAUGUCUGUGGAUGCAAUCCUUGACUCGUACAUGCAGAAGCUUGGUGAUGUGGAGGAAGACAUACUGAAGGAUCCCCAUCGGGUGCCACAUAUACUGUGUGAGCUCAGUGAGUACCAGCUGCUCUUCCCAGCCCUGGAUUCCGUUAUAGAACAAAUAGAAACUCAAAAGGCCCAUGGCUGUUAUAUUUUAGAGAUUAUACACAAAAACAGUAGAAGUGGCCUGCCAGUGGUUGAAAAAUGUUUACGAAGGAUGAUGAAGAACUGUAACCAGGUGAUGUACAAACAGCUGAGCACCUGGACACUUCACGGGGAGCUGUAUGAUGAGUACAAGGAGUUCUACAUCCAGCCCCAGGGAGAGGCGACCUCAGCAGGGAGUGGGGACCCACAGCAACAGGAUGAUCUGGGGGUAGGAGGUGUCCCCUUCACACAACUACAGAAGUUGUCUUUUGAGCCCACAUCAAGACCUCCAGAGGCGAGCCAAUUUGUUUUGCGUUCUGACCUCCUACCGAGUUACAUUCCUGUCCGAGUUGCCAACAAAAUCCUCUUUGUGGGAGAGUCUAUCCAGAUGUUUCAGCUCAAGAGAGGCGGCCAUCGGAAGACAGAAGGUCCCAUUCCUCAUGAUGUUUUGGGGCGUUUCCGUCAAAAGUUCACGGAAUUGUCACGCCUGGAGGAAUUCAGUCUGCUGAGAUUUGAGGAAACUAUAGAUGAAAUCCGGCUGUUUGUGGCUGAGAGACUAUGGCGGCUGAUCGUGGAAGACUUUCAUUUGAUUAACCAACUGAAAGUCAUUAAAGAUUUCUUCCUGAUGGGUAGAGGAGAGUUAUAUCUGGCGUUCAUCGACAAGGCUGAAGACAUCCUGGUGCGGCCACCUAUUAGCACAACAGAGUAUGAUGUGAAUGUGAUGUUCCAACAAGCAGCCAAUGUGUUGAUGUCAGAUGAGGCUUUAGUGCAGAGAUUUCGACUGAAUGUCAGCCAUGCAGGGACACAACCCAAGGCUAAGACCAAAAAGCUGCUUAGUCGGGAUGAAAUGGAGGAUGACAAGAUUCAAGAGCUUGGCUGGAAAAGCCUUUCACUAAAGUACCGAGUGGGGGAACCACUUCACAUUCUGUUGACAGACACUGUGCUGGACAGGUACAACACAGUAUUCCAGUUUCUUCUGGCUGUGAAGCGUGCUCAGCUGAUGCUGCAGAAGUGCUGGCUGUUACAGAUGCAGGGCAGGAAGAGCCAGAUUAGCCUGGAGGAGAGGGCAAAGUGGCAGCUCCGCACACACAUGGCCUUCCUGGUGGAUAACCUUCAGUAUUACCUACAGGUUGAUGUGAUUGAUUCCUUGUUUUCCAUCCUGCUGGAGAAGAUCAACACUACACGGGACUUUGAAGCUAUCAAGUUGGCUCAUGAUCAGUUUGUGGCUGGACUUCUGACUCAAAGCUUUGUUCAUGUGAAACCAGUAUCCCAGUGUUUAAAUGAGCUCCUGGGCCUCUGUUCUUUGUACUGUCGUGUCAUCCAUUCAUGUGGAGCCGUUAUGACCAAAGUGCAGAUUAAAUCUAUGGAGAAUGUGGCAAAGAAAUUCCAGUGGCAGUCUAGCCUGCUGUUUAAGCUGCUAACCAGUGUCCGUGACAACAGUGCGAACCCACACCUGGCCCAGCUACUGUUGCGUCUGGAUUAUAACCGGUACUUCACCACAUCUGGGGGACAACUUGGCAGUUUGGAUGAAUCUGUGAUGCAUUGAGAAAUGUUCUCAUCUGUGUGUGUGUGACCUGCACAUAGGUUGGAUAUGUAUCUCAUCAAUGUGUAGAGUGAAAUGAAAUAUCACGAGGCUUUGGGUCUUCCUUUGGGCCUUGUGCAUUCAGGAUAUGAAAUGACGUUUGACCUACCUGCAAGACAGCUUGUACUCUAAGACCAUCAAUGUGUCAAUGUUGGGCAAGGCCAACAAGGUAGACAACUCCUCCCAUCAAUUUAUUGUGGUUAUCUGCCCUUAAUGGACGCCUGCGUGUGCGGUUUCUCAGGUCGGCACCAGUAAGUUUACUCCAUUGUCUCGUCCCAAACCUAAGGUCUGGUCAGUUUUUUGAAGAAUGGGUAGUGGUUUACUGUGGGCAGUCUUUGUUUCCCCCGCCCCUAAGCACACCAAUGUCACUCUACUGGAACCUUCUUUAGCAUGAUAUUCAUAUCCAGUCAAAUAAAUGAAUUGUUAAGUCUGUCCAGCUGUUCCUGUGUGGGCCAUAUUUCACAAAGAUGUCGUACAUGUACAAUAAUCCCACGCAUAGGACCAUGGUAAUAGUGAUGUAUAAAAUAUCAUACGACAAAUGUACAAAAAAAAAAAACGUAUGCUGCUUUGUAAAACUGGGCUCUAGUGUAGGGCUGAAAAAGUGCGCACCCAUUAACCUGACCUCCACCACAAAGGUGAAAUCAAAUUGAACGUGAUGAAUUAGCAUAUUUCGUGCUACUCUUUUUGAAUGUGUGUGUAUAAUGU